AUGAUAGGCACUGCUACCACUCCCAGCUGGCUUGAACGCCUAGAGGAUCAAGUCAAUGUCGAUGUUGAUUGGAUGGAUCCCGCCUUCAUUCAAAGCCUCCCCAUUACUCCCCAUGACAUGACCAGCAACCAGAUCCAUGUUCACGCGCAACUGGAGAACCCCAUCAACAAGGAGUUGAUUGCAGAAGUUACUCGUGAAUACAAGGGUCGUGGCUGGCUGGCCAUCUACACUCGCGUUGCCGUCUUGCUGUGCAAGAAAUCGAUUGAUCUGAUUUCCGGCCGCGUGUUGUUGCAGGUCUCCCCCUCCGAGGCGUACAAUGGUGAGAAGGUCCUUGAACACGCCCGAUUAUAUGCCAAGGAGUUCGAGUCGGUGAGCAUCUCCAAGGAUCGCUUCUGCAUCAAGAUCCCCAGCACAGGUCCUGCAUUGAGCGUUUGCCCAACCUUGCAAGCCGAAGGUAUCCAAACACUGGGAACCGCUUGCUUCUCGCUCGCACAAGCCAUUGCGGCUAGUCAGGCCGGUUGCUUGUUUAUCAGUCCCUACUUUAAUGAGAUACGCGCGAACCUUGAUCUCAGCCUCUGGCCCAACGUGGAGGACCCUGCCUCGCAGCACCCUUUCUCAGCCCGUCUUAUCCAGAUGUUAGAGACAUACCGUCGUCAGCAUAAGGAAGCCGGCAAGAAGCAACCUCUCAUCAAGAAUGCAAACUUCAUCAAUGCCAAGGAAGCCCUCGCUCAGGGCGAGAUCGGGGUCGACUCCGCCACCAUCUCGAAGGAAGUCUUGGAAGAGCUCGUCAAGCUACCCUACGACGGCACCUGGCAGCCUGGUGAGGGCGGUGUCCCCAAGCCUCAGUACCCCGGUCACCAGAACACAGUGGCCACUCCGAAGCGUCUUCAUCAUCUGGCCAACAUUGACCCGCUCGUCGCUUCUUGGGACGGCAAACUCGCUACCACAGAUGUCGAUUACCUAGCGAAUAACGGUGCGGCUGUGGAGGAUGCCAUUAAGGCUGACCCUAUCGCCACUACACGUCUGGGCGACGCUCUCCAACUAUUCACUAAAGUGGAAACUGACAGCAAGGCCCUCAUCGAGAAGGCUAUCUUGGAAGUCUAA